GACUGCGAGGAGCGCCCGUCCCGUGUGCCCUGCACCUGCACCGUAAGCCUAAAACGAGAUAUAGCGUAUAGAGUGCGUCGCACGCCGUUUCUUGCAUGUGUAGAGUGUACAGUGUACAGUGAAUAUUUUCGCGCAAAUCGUCUCGUUUCUCUUGACGGCGUUCGUUCGUCGCCAAGCGCUCGACGUGACCCCUGAAAUUCGCGAGGCGCUUGCCAUGAAACAAAUGAAGUGAACGAUCGUUUCUGGGCGCGUUCGCGUCUGCUCGUCUCCUCUGUAAACUGCAAAACGCACUUUUUUCCCUGCUUAAAGUCCAACUGCGGAAUCUUUGCUCCCAGGAGAAGAAAAGGGCAGGAAAAAAACGGCGGUGACAAAAAAUUAGCCGGGAUGAAAAAGUGUCGCGUGUUUUUCCGGCUUUUUAUGUCCCGAUGGGAUACAUAGUAAAAAGACAACCUCUGCUCGUCUCCUCAGCAAACUGCGAAACACACUUCUUGCUCUGCUUGAAAACCAACUGCUGAAUCUGUGCUCCCAGAAAAAAAGGAGACAGUGGCAAGAAAAUGGCAGGGAUGAAAAAGUGCCGCGCGUUUUUAUGGGUUUUGGUGUCCCGAUGGGAUAGUUUAUAAAAGACAACCUAGUGCGCGCUAUGCUGGUGCCCUGGUGAGCAUCCUCGUGGUUCUUGUGCCUCGUCGUCGAUCGGCUCGGUUUAUAAUGGUUUCCUGCGCAGUGUGAUCGCUAUUCUGGAGAGCGUUCAACGGUCCGAAAUAACCAGUGUAUUUAUAGGCGAUAUCCUAUUCCUACGAUUUUUCGCGUGAACUUGAAGACUACUGGGGAUAAUGCUGCAGCCGGCGAUGGGAAUAAUCGUGGAUGCUUACCAUGACCGACAGGCUGGAGAGUGAAGUGCCGGCGGGCGGGGACAUUCAAGAACAGUGGGAUUCCGUGGUUCCUCAAAGUUAGCGAAGGAAGGCAAAGUAGCAGGUGUGGGAAGAGAAGGUAGGAGGGGGGUUGUGGCUGUGAAAGAAAAAGGAGGAGAAGAAGAAGAAGAGGAGGAGGAGGAGGAGGAGGAAGAGGAAAAGGAUAGGGGUCUCGCGCGCACGCCUGUGCGUGUGUUGUGCGUUGUUGCUUUUGUGUGGGUAAUUUUCGGCCGCUUUGGCAUCGUGAUUGCCGCCGGUCCGUCCUCCCUCUUCCCGUCCCUCGGGAAGAAGGCCUGCCUGGCCAUCCCUUAAAAAAGUGUCUCUCCAGCCGCGGCCGUGACGCAUGUGUUUGCAGAUGAGAGCUGGCAGCCACCUCUCGCGAGAGUGAGAAGGUUGGAAGGGGCAGGAAGGAAGGAAGCAAGGAAGCACUUCUCCAAGCAAGACUGUCGAGGCGAUGACGAAGGAUAGGGCUUUGUCACCGAAUCCCGAACCACCUCAUCUACGAGAGGAACACGCAGAAAGCUGGCAGACCUUCAAGAUUUUCCUCGUCAGCGCUCAAGGUCGUCGUCAUCGUCAUCAGCGUCCGCAUCAGCUUCAGCAUCAGCGCCGUCAUCUGACUCGCCGGGCUGGACAGCAUGAUGACGGCGGCUCGAAGUCGCGCCAAAUUAUCACCAGGAUCAUCAGCAACAACAACCCCAGAGCGAGCGCAGAACGAAGACGACGAUGCCUCUUUAAGAGAACGUCCGCUAAACGACGUGAGGGGCAAAAUCAGCAGCAGCACCAGAAGAGGAGGGAAUAGUAAAAAAGGCGGUGCGUGUGUGCCAGUGCAUUUGUGUAAAUAUACGUGAA